UGUGUGUGUGUGUGUGUGAGCAGGUAUACCUGUGGGUGAGUGUGAGUGUACGUGUGUGUGUUCGCACGUGCAUACGUGCACGCGUGAGUGUUUUUGUGUCCUAUAGGGGCACGUGUGGGUAGGUGUGAGAACACCUGUGUGUGGGAAAGCAUUGACUCCCGGAGUCAACUUGUCCAUUGUACUUAAGGUAGCAUUUAUACCUUGCUACCAAAAAUGAGCUCAAUUAAUAUUAUAGAGUAUGCCACAUACCUUGGAUCUGUAUCCAGGACCCCAGAACGAGAAAACUUCCACUCGCAGUAUGUGGUCUUGAAGACCAUUGGCCGUGGAGGCUAUGGCGUAGUACAACUGGCCCACCACCGCCUCACAGGCACCCCGGUGGCUGUCAAAGUACUACAGAGGAGGAUAAUGUGGUGUUUUCCUGUCAAUUCUGAGGCAAAUAUUAUGAAGAUGAUCAACCACCCUAACAUCAUCUCACUUGUCCAAGUGAUUGAGGAUGAGAAGAAAACAUACCUCAUCAUGGAGCUGGUUGAGGGAAAACAAUUAUAUCAACACGUCCUAAAGGCUGGCCACCUGGAGGAGGACCACGCCCGGGGUAUAUUCAGGCAAAUCCUAAGUGCCGUGAGUUACUGCCAUGAGCAUGGAAUAAUUCAUCGGGACCUGAAACCAGACAACAUCAUGUUGGAUGGGAACGGAAAAGUCAAAAUCAUCGACUUUGGCCUUGGCACCCAAGUCAAGCCUGGGCAGAAGCUUAGCUUUUAUUGUGGGACUUACCAAUUUUUUGCCCCUGAAUUUUGGCUGGGCAGACUUUAUGACGGCCCCAAGGUCGACAUAUGGACCUUGGGAGUUAUUUUAUAUUUCAUGGUAGUCGGGAAAUUCCCAUUUGAUGCUGUCUCCCUACCAGAGCUCCGAGAUCAGGUUGUGUCAGGGAAGUAUACCAUCCCCUUGGAAUUGUCAGAAGAAAUAAAGGACCUUCUCAGCCUCUUAAUGACAGUCAACCCCAGACGUAGGCCAACGGUGGACGAAGUCGUGACACACCCCUGGCUAAAAAAGGACAUGGAGGCUUCUCCAAAUUGUUAUGAAGAAAUGGUCCCCAGCUUGCCUGACCCUGCAAUUGUGGAAGCCAUGAAAUGUAUUGGGUUCCAAGCCCAGGACAUCAAAGACUCAUUGCAACAGAGAAAAUACAACCAGACCAUGGCAUCAUAUUGCUUACUAAAAGGGCAGGCUCUCCAGUGGCCUAUCUGCACAACCUUGGAUCAACCCGUGAAUCCAGGGGUGGCGCCAUUCCCUUCCCUAGAGGAUCCUGUUGCUUUCCCUCUACCACCCAGGAGGAGGAGCAGUGAGCCCACCCUUGGCACAUUGCUCAGAGGGUCAUCCACUAGUGGUCAGCUGUCUGUCUAUGGCCAGCAGGCAGGUCAAAGAGGAGGCAGAAGGGCCACAGAGUACGCCAUUCCUCACCAGAGGACACUCACUUUGGACCAAGACUACCAACGCUGUAAGAGUCUUCCCUGCAUUUACUCAAGGAGUACCAGCAGUGAUAACAUGGAAGACAACUUCCGCCCCAACAGAGCCUCAGCAAAGGGCAAGUCCACACGCAGCCAUGAUCAGCCUCGAGGCUUGAGGGCAUGGACAAGGAGGAUAGGAAACGCCCUCAGGAGACUCUGCUGCUGUUUUCCAUCAAGGCAGAACAAAGUCUUCCCUCAGAAAUGAGGCACAAGGAGGGAGUGUGGAGAACAAGCAGCAGGCCUGGCCCAGAGUUCUCCGGAGGAUGCAGAAGGCCACCCACAGUUCUGCAGCCGUGGUGUUGGGGAGGACUCAUGUAUGGACCGAGACCUGCAGACAGAACCAUGCAGAAAGCCCAUGAUGUCCUGUGUCCGUGCCCUGCUCAGGGCUCCAGCCAGGAGGAAGGGAGCAAAUGAUGGAGGCCUGGGCCGCAGGAAUUCUGCAAGGACCCUGCCCCUCAAAGGCAUCCAUAAUCAGGGGGCAGGAGCUGAAAACGUGUCCAAAGUCUACCCAGGUCACGUGAGACCUCUCUUCUCCUGGCACUUCCCUGCCUCACUCUUAGUAGCAGACUAACAAUAACAGAUUUCUCGGGGCCCAAACUGUCAGCUAUGUUCUCCAUGACAGAUUUCUCAGGGCCCAAACUGACAGUUUUCUCAGGGCCUAGACUGUCUGUCUCCUCCUCAUCGGAUAUUGUAGAGAUAUCUGACAGGGAACUGGUGAGGGUGAUGGAAAGAUUACCCAUCUUUUCAACGGGAUGAAAAUUUGUAUCAGACCCUAUGUCCUGUGCUUAUGGGGGCCAUUUGUGGUUUUUUUUUUUUUUAUUUUUAGGCCAUGACCACAUGCCCACAUGGUGUCUCCGGAUGAGGGAUGGCGAUGGGGAGCCGAGUCUUGGUUCCACCUCCUUGGAGAUCAAUCCUUAUGUGGAAGUGCCGGGCAAACCAAAAC